CUCUAAGAACAUCAGCGCUGUCAUCUCUGAGUCCAAAUAUAAGCAGGAGGGACUGAAAGAGGCGUCGCUGUCUCUCUACUCUGUGAUGCCUGAGACGCUGCAGACCCAACACGCCAGAGAAGCAUCAGAGCUCCAGAGUGAGAUUAAAUAAAGGGAAUAUGAAGAAUGAGAUUUCCUCCUCACUUUAUGCAACGCUGCCGGAAACCACGGAGACACAGUUUGUUAAAGAGCUGACGGAGAUACUGAGUGAGAAAAAAUACAAGGAAGAAGGGAAGAAGGAGAUGAGCAGCAGUUUCUACUCCCAGCUUCCUGAAACUACAGAAAUGCAACUGGCCAAGACUGUUCAAGAGUUUCAGAGUGAGAAAAAGUACAAAGCAGACGGGAAAAGAAAGGCCUCCAUUUCUCUUUACUCCCAGCUUCCAGAAACCCCAGAAAUCCAACACGCUCUUGAAGUGUCACAGCUGCAGAGCCAGGUGAAUUACAGUCCUAAGACUUUGGCCAAAGGAGCUCCGUCCUCUCUGUACUCCCAGCUCACUGACACCACUGAGAUCCAGUUUGCCCGAGAGAUGAGGGAGAUGCACAGCGAGAGUAAAUACAAGGAGGGCGGGAGGCGCAGCCUGUCGCAGAGUUUCUACUCUCAGCUUCCUGAGACCAAAGACACUCAGUUUGCUAAAGCUGCGUCUGAGCUGCAGAGCCAGAUGCGUUACAGGGAAACAGGUAAGAAGGACAACAGCUCCAGUCUUUACUCUCUUCUGCCUGAAACUCUGGAGACGGUUCACGCCAAAGAAGUGUCCGAGCUGGUCAGUCAGCUGAAGUACAGAGAAGAUGGUGAGAAGGAGAUGAAGAUGAAUCUCUACUCUCUGCUCCCUGAGACCCUGGACACUCAGCACGCCAAAGAGGCCUCGGAGCUGCAGAGUCAGGUGAAGUAUAAAGACGAAGUGAAGCAGAAAAGUCAUCAAACUUUAUUCCAUCGACUCCCAGAGACGCCUGAGACUCAGCGGGUCAAAGAGGUGACGGAGCUGCAGAGCGAGACAAAGUACAAGGAGGCGGGAAAGAACGAGUGCAGCUCCUGCCUGUACUCACUGCUGCCUCACACCAUGGAGACGCAGCACGCCAAAGAAGCUGCGGAGCUGCUCAGCGAGGUCAAAUACAAGGAGAGUGUGAAGGACAUGUCCAACUCUCUGUACUCCACCAUGGCUGACACGUCAGAAACCAGCUUUGCCCGAGGAAUGAUGGACGUGCUGAGUGAGAACAAGUACAAGGAGGCGGGGAGGAGGGGUCUGUCUCAGAGUCUGUACUCUCAGCUCCCACAAACCUCCGACACUCAGUUUGUGAAAAGUGUGUCAGAGCUGCAGAGUGAGAUGAAGUACAAAGAAGCAGGAAGGAAAUCAGCAAACACUUCUUUAUUCUCCACAUUAUCAGAGACUCUGGAAACACAACACGCCCGAGAGGCUUCACAGCUGCAGAGUCAGCUGAAGUACAAACAGAGUUCACAGAGCGACGCGUCCAGUUUGUACCAUCAGAUGCCAGAAACCAUUGAGACGCUGUUUGCCAGAGAGCAGACGGAGAUGCUGAGCCAGGUCAAAUACAAAGAAGAUGGAAGAAAAGAGAUGAGUGUGAAUCUUCUUUCUUCAGCUCUGCCUGAGGCUGUGGAGACACUGAGGGUCAAAGAGCAGCAGGAGCUGCAGAGCCACAGUAAAUACAAAAAGGACAGUAAGACGCAGGCGUCCAAAUCUUUGUACCGUCAACUUCCUGAAACACUGGAGACGCAGCACGCAAAAGAGGCGACGCAGCUGCAAAGUCAGAGAGCGUACAAAGAAGCAGUGAAGAAGACAACCUCAUGUCCUCUGUACCAUCAGCUGCCCGAUACUCUGGAGACGCAACUAGCACGAGAGCUAACGCUCAUGCAGAGCCAGAAUAAAUAUAAGGAGGAUGUGAUGAAGAGUCGCUGUCAGACACUGUACAGUCAGCUGCCUGAAACUCCUGAGUCACAGUUUGUUAAAGGGGUUUCUGAGCUGCAGAGUCAGAUUAAGUAUAGGACGAGUGGAGGUCAGGGGGUCGGCAGCUCUUUAUACUCCACCAUGGCUGAAACUCUGGACACUCAACACGCCAAGCAGGCCUCACAGAUCCAGAGUCAGAUCAAGUACAAGGAGGGCGGACAGAAGGAACUGUCUUCUUCUCUGUUUUCUACACUUCCUCAAACUCUUCAAACGGAGCUGGUGAAGGAGGUGACAGGGCUGCAGAGUCAGGUGAAAUAUAAAGAGGACUGUAAGAAGGAGACGGGAUCGUCUCUGUACCACCUCCUGCCUGAGACGGCAGAGACACAUUUCGCAAAAGAGAUGUCGGAAAUCCAGAGUGAGGUGAGGUACAGGAAGGACAGGGAGGAUCUGAGCGACACGCUCUACUCUCUGCUGCCUGAGACGCUGCAGACGCAGUUUGUUAAAGACAUGGCUGAGACACACAGUGAGGUUAAAUAUAAACAAGAAGUGAAGCAGCAGACGCCGUCGUCUCAGUUCACCAAACUUCCCGAAACUCUGGAAACUAAACGUGUCAGAGACGUGACGGCCCUGCAGAGUGAAAAAAACUACAAAGACGAGGCCAGGAAGGAGCUGGUGACUCCGGUCUACAGUCACAUGACUGAAACUUCUGAGACGCAGUUUGUUCGACAGAUGACGGAGCUGCAGAGUCAGAAUAAAUAUAAAGAAAGUGGGAAGAAGAGUCGGACGUCCAGCUUGUACUCACAGCUGCCACAAACCAACGAAACACAGUUCAACAAAACUCUUUCUGAAAUUCAGAGUCAGGUUAAAUAUAAAGAAGCCGGCAGGAAGGACACGUCGACUGCUCUGUACUCAAAACUUCCUGAGACUCUGGACACGACACACGUCAAAGAAGCGACACAGCUGCAGAGUCAGGUAAAGUACAAACAGGACAGUAAGACGGACGUCUCUUUGUACCAACGUCUUCCCGAGACCUCAGAGACCCAGCAGGCCAAGCAGCUGAGAGACAUUUUCAGCCAGGUGAAAUACAAAGAGGAGGCCAAGAAAGAAGCUGCUAAGACCCUGUACUCACAGCUGCCUGAGACCACCGAGUCACAGUUCGCUAAACACGUGUCUGAGAUACAGAGUGAGACCUCGUACAGGAAGGACAGAGAGGAACUGUCCACCACUCUGUUCUCUCUGCUGCCUGAGACUCUGGAGACACAGUUUGUCAAAGACAUGGCUGAGACACACAACGAGAUGAAGUACAAGGAGGCAGGAAAGAAGGAGGCCAGUACUUCCCUGUACCAUCAGCUUCCUGAGACUCUGCAGACGCGUCACGUCAAAGAGGUUACAGAGCUGCAGAGUGAGAACAAAUACAAAGAGAGUGGUAAGAAGUCGCUCUCCUCCAGUUUGUACGCUCAGAUGCCACAGACGACCGAGACGCAGCUCGCUGCUAAGAUGACGGAGCUGCAGAGUGAGAGCAAAUACAGAGAGGAUGGAAUGAAGAACCUGGGCCACAGUCUGUACUCUCAGCUGUCGGAGACCACAGAGACUCAGUUGGCCAGGAGUCUGUCUGAGCUACAGAGCGAGGCCAGGUAUAAGGAGGCCAGCAGGAAGGAGGCGCAGAGCUGUCUGUACCAUCAUCUUCCUGAGACUCUGGAGACACAACACGCCAAAGAGGCGGCGGAGCUGCAGAGUGAGGUGAAGUACAGAGGCAGUAAGAAAGAGCAGAGCACGGCCCUGUACUCAGUGCUGCCGGAGACAGAGGAGAUGAAGGUGGCCAAAGCUGCCAUGGAGAUCCAGAGUGAGAAUAAAUACAGACAGAAGAGCAGGCAGGAGAUCAGCAGCAGUGUGUUCCACCACAUGUCUGAGACCAAAGAGAUGGAGUUUGCUAAACAGAUGUCAGAGCUCCAGAGUGAGAGCAAGUACAGGAAGGACAGAGAGGAACUGUCCACCACUCUGUUCUCUCUGCUGCCUGAGACUCUGGAGACACAGUUUGUCAAAGACAUGGCUGAGACACACAACGAGAAUAAAUACAAGGAGGCUGGUAAGAAGGAGCUGCUGAACAGUUUAUAUUCUGUGCUGCCUGAAACCAAAGAAACCCAACACGCCAAAGAACAAAGUCAGCUGUGCAGCGAGAAAGCAUACAGACAGGAGGGUAAAAAGAAGGCGGGCAGUUGUCUCUACGCUCAGAUGCCUCAGACCAUCCAGACCGUCUUUGCUAAAGAGCUGUCCAAGACUCAGAGCGACAAGUUCUAUAAAGAGAAGUUUAACCGUGAGAAGGGAAAGUCCAGCUACACCAACAUGACGACGCUGCCUGAGGUGGAACACGCCAUGGAGGUCAACAAGAACCAGAGCCAGGUCAGCUACAGGAAAGGUAAAGAGCAGCUUCAUCAAUACAACGCAGUGUCCGACAGACCUGACAUCAUCAACGCCACCAACGCUGCCAAACUGGCCAGUGACGUGGCCUAUAAAAACAACAGAAAAGCUCCAGGUUACAACGACAGUUCAAUUUUGGACAGACCUGACAUUCAACACGCUAAAGAGGUUUCCAAACUGACCAGCCAGGUGAAGUACAGGGAGAACUUUGACAGAGACUUAAAGGGACAGAAACCCUGUUAUAAUCCUCUGGACUGUGUUUCCUUCAAACACACACAGGCUGUUGCUGAUUUGGCCAGUCAGGUGAAGUAUAAAACCAACCAGAAUCAGAAACCUGAAGGAUGUUCAGAGCUGCCCAACCUGCUGCAGCUGGAGCACGUCCUCAACGCCAGCAAACUUCAGAGCAACGUGGAAUACAAGAAGAAGUAUGAACAAACCAAGACUCACUACCACAUGGACAUGGACUCAGCUGAGCAGCUUCACCACAGGGAGACGGCGGGGCUUCAUAGUCAGGUGAAGUACAAGGAGGAGUACGAGAAGAGCAAAGGUCGGAGUCUGCUGGAGUUUGGAGAUACACAGGCCUACAGAGUUUCUAAAGAAGCUCAGAAGAUCCAGAGUGAGCAUGAAUAUCGCAGAGAAUAUGAGGAGAACGUGAAAGGAAAAGCCAUGAUGGACGUGGACCAGACGCCAGGAUACUUGACAGCACGACAUGCUAGCAGUCUGCUGAACGAGAAAGAGUACAGGAAAGAUCUGGAACAGGAAGUGAAGGGGCGGGGCUUAUCAGGCAUCGGGCUGGAGGAAACACCAGAACUGCUGAGGAUUAAAAACGCCAAUCAGAUCCUGAAUCAGAGGGAGUAUUGCAGGGAUCUGCAGACAGAAAUCCUGGGCAAAGGCAUGGAGCUGAGCACUGACGUCCUGGAUAUUCAACGAGCCAAGAGAGCCUCAGAGAUCCAGAGUCAGAGGUUUUACAAACAGACGGAGCAACUGAGAGAGAACUCCUACGGCACAGUAACAGACACUCCAGAGCUGCUGCACGCCUCUUACCUGAAGGACAUCUACAGCCAGAAGAAGUAUAAGGACGAGGCAGAGCGUCUGAAGACUCACUACAGUCUGGUGUCUAAAACUCCAGAGAUGGAGCGAGUCAAAGCCAACCAGAGACACAUCAGCUCUCUGCGCUACAGCUGGGACGCCAGGCUGAUGAGGGGGCUGACGUCCUCGGUGGCAGAGACACCAGAGAUCGUCCUGGCCAGAGAGAACACCAAGAAGAUCAGUGACGUACAGUACAGAGAGGAAGUGGGUCACGGCACAGCUGUCAUGGAAACACCGGAGAUGGAGCGAGUGAGACGGAAUCAGGAAAACAUCAGCUCGGUCAAGUACAAACAAAACACAACAAAAGCCACAAGUGUUGGGGUGACACCAGAGAUGGAGCGAGUACGACAGAACCAGGAGAACAUUAGCUCGGUGAAGUACCAGCGUGGGUUGCAGGAAGUGAGGGGGCGGAGCCUAACUGGGCUGGACACACCUGAGUACAGACGUGUCAGGAGGACACAGGAUGCUGUUUCCAUGGCCAAGUAUCAUGAGGACUUUGAACGCACACGGGGCCGUAGUUUUGGUGGGCAAGGAUUGGACGAUCCCAGCAUGGAUCGUUACCAAAGAGCCAAUCAGAUGACGAGUGAGGCAGGCUACGGGAAAAACAUGGACAUGGACCGUCGACCUGGAGGCAUCAUCGUAGACCUAAAAGUGUGGAGGACAGACCCUGGUUCCAUAUUUGACUAUGACCCUCUGGAGGAUGAUGUCCAGUCCAGGAGUCUCCGCAGGAUGUCCGAGCGGGUAGAACGCAGACUGAGCAGGCAGCACUCACAGCUGACCGACAGCUCUCUGACCUCUGACUUUUUGGAACACGGUGGCAGCAGCAGCAGCAAUGCUGGAACUCCUGCUCCUGUUCUUCCUGAAGCGUACCAGCAGGGCAUUCAGACGCCGCAGCAGCACCAGUACCACGGCUACAUGCACCAAACCAGCAUGUCGUCGGUCAGAUCCAUCACCUCACCCCCAAACUCCACCUCAAUGCGUGUUUACCGAGCAUUGUAUGACUACGCCGCCCAGGACCACGAUGAGGUCUCCUUUAGGGACGGUGACGUCAUCGUCAACGCUCAAGCAAUCGAUGAGGGCUGGAUGUACGGCACCGUGCAGAGGACAGGGAAGUCGGGAAUGCUGCCUGCCAACUACGUGGAAUGUUGCAACUAACAGUAGGAAAAGGCAGGAUAUACAAGAUAUACAGAAUAUUAUAUUUGUUAAGUAUAGGACCACAACAUUGAUCUAAUAAAGCAGGGUGGGAAAUGUAGGCAGUCGUAACAAGUACAAUCGAGUUCAAGUUGCCUCAGAAGAACGAUUUGGAAAUGACAUCAGUCCCACGUCAACUGAGUUCUAGUUGUCACAGAGCGACCGCAGGUUCUGUGUUUUUAACCAUUAGCGUUAUCGUCUGUUUAUUAUUCACUCUGUACACACUCUCUCUAGUCACUGUAAUCAGCAUUAACUAUUCAAUGUUAGCCUAACACAGAGGAGUUUGAACUCAAAGCUCAUUUUUAUUGAUUACUUUUUUGCUUUCUGUUUUUUUAAAUUUAUGCAACACGAGUCCAUCUUCAAAUUUAUACAUAUACCUAGCUAUAUAUAUGCUAAUACAAUCAAUCCUUUAAACACAUUUGUUUCAUUUAUAAACAUUUUACCCUUGACUUUAGGAUUAUAAUCUUAUAGUUCUGGUAACUAGCAGGAUAAUCUAGUCAAUUUUCUAAAUUCAUAUUUUAUGAUACGACACAGGGUUACUAUUUAUAAUAUCAAUAAAGGAGCGUGGAAGACUGCUGAUGUCAGCAAACAGGACAAGUCAAGUACGCUGUUGCUAACCUAGCACGUGCUUAGUCAUGAAGUGUAUGGUCUGUUGGGGAAAAGAGGCAGAAAGAUUAUUUUUUAAUGAUAAAGUUUGGAUAACACCUGAAAGUUUUUAUAAAAAGGAGGAGAAAAGUGAAGACGAAAAUAACACGACGUGAUUCGUUUUUAAUAAAUUUAUUUAUUCAGAGUGUUGAUUUGGUGAGAAAUACACUAAUAUAUAACCUUUGUUGUUUUUUUAAAAUCUGUAUAUAACUAUUGUGUACUUGUGGUAAUUUUUUUAACAUAUACGUCAUCCUUCCUAUAUUUGUUUUUAUGUUAGCCAAAAGUUUUAAUUUGAGCUCCUCCAUGUUUAUUAUUUUCAGCCUAUCAUAUGUUUUGAUUUCUAAACACUAGACUUGAGUUUGUUCCAUUUAUAUUCUUUUUUCUGCUUUUAACGGCACAACUGUAAAAGUUUGAAUUUUGUUGUUAUCACAGUGUAUCGUUGGUCGUGUGAUUAUUUCCUUGAGUGAUGUGGAGAAAAUAAAAACUGAAAACCCAA